AUGGCCCAUGCUCUGCGUCGGAUCUCCUAUGCCACCUGCGAUCCUGACUGCUGUCAAUUUGCUUUCCUUGCCAGGGAGCCUAAAGCUCAGCCCAAUGUACAGUACUGUCAUGCCUUCGUAACAAAAACUCCCGAAGAAGCAGAGAAUUUGAAUAAUCUCGUGGGUGAGGCCUUUCGUAUCGCAUAUGCCCAACAGCGCGCUCUUUUGGAGAAUCGGCGUGCUGUGGCCCAGACACAGACAUCAAGCCUCACUACAGAGGAUACCGCCGUCAUUGCCACCUCUCCGCAUCCCCACCUUCAACAACCCCUUCCAGCACCGCCACCACCUAUGGCGAGCAAUCCCGUGCCCGAGGCGGACUCGGGUAUCGCCACCACGGAUGCUGCCUCUCUUCGAAGAAAGAUUGACAUGGUUGGAUACCUCGCCGCUGACUUGGGUUUGAGCUCCUCAGAAUCAGCACCCCGGGGUGUAAAACCGUGCUCCCUUCGCGUUACCUCAGACAAUGAUGCAGCUGACGACGCAGACAAGGAGACCCAUGUGAAGCCUUGUCAGGGCGUUGGUCGACUAUUAUUUCGUCCCGUUUUGACUUCAUCCAGCCAGUCGCAUUGCUGUCAGUCUCUUAAAGAUAUUGCCACUUCUACGCCCAACAAAUGCGACAAAACGCACAAGUAA